UGUGCACGCAGUCGAACAGCGCGCAGGUGCGCGCCUCGUCCGCCGGGGCCGCGCGCGGCUCCAGCAACGCCAGGUUGCAGCGCGGGAGCGCGCAGCACAUGCGCUCGCAGUCCGCCGCGGCGGGGACGCGCGCCGUGGCCAGCGGGGCCGCGCCGGCGCGCACCGCGUCCUCCGCGUCCAGGACGAAGUCGCGCUUUCCGGAGCGGAACCCGCCGCCGUCGGCGCACUCUUCAGAGUCCUCCGAGUCCUCCCAGUCCUCCGGCGCCGCCGCCGAGCGGGGGACGAGGAGGAGGAGGAGGAGGAGAGAGGAAGAGCCCCACAGACGCAUCUCUCUGGUGAAGAAAGGAGAAAGAACAGAACCCGCGUCGUCUUCCGCGUCUGGACUGUAGAAGGUUAUUUCCAGCUGGACUCUGUCGCCGCCGCUCAGGUCAGCCAAUCGGAGCGAGGUACAUGUGAGCAGCAGGAUGUGGCUUCAGGAUGAGGGCGGGGCCAACCAGACCAGUGCGUACUGUAUAGAUCUGCUGAUGAGAGGAGGGGAGGAGCUCAGCUUUGAGGAGCUGAGGGCUGAGAGAUACAGACAGCUGAAGCAGAAGGAGAAUGAGGAGAGGCUGAGACGUUUGAAGGAGGAAGCGGAGCAGCUCAGGCAGGAGCUGCAGCAGAAGAAGCAGCUGCUACAGCUCAUAACCCAUCAGGAUGACUCCCCUCCUGUCAAGGACGCGGGUAUGCCUCCUGCUGCCACCUCCUCCUUCCACAUAUAUGACGAGUCUGCUGCUGCACGGCCUGCUGGCAGGAACGAUGCGGCAAGUCCAAACCAGCUGCCGGACGAUGUCUUCCUGCAACCUGACGAGAGGGGGCUCUGUGUGCAGGUCCGGUUGCCAGGACGACCAGGUGCUGUCCCCCCCUCUGAACCGUCUCAGACCGCAGACCCGGUCCAGCCUGGGCUCCCAAACACAGAACCGGAGUGUGCUCCGAUCAGAACCACUGACGGUCAGCAAGGCCGGACCAGCGAGGACGUCCAGGUCCAGCCGGACCCACCCGGUCCCUUAGCCGUCUCCCAGAAGGCUGCGUCCAAACCCAGAGAGAAGCUGAGUCCAAUCCACGAGGCCAGCGUAGAGGCCGGAUCCCAGAGCUCAGCGGGGGGACUGUCUGCUGGGAACUGCAGUCCACUGGACCAGGACCCGCCCAGCCAGAACCUGGACCAGGACCCGCCCAGCCAGAACCUGGACCAGCUGGACCCGGAGAGUGAUCACACUGCAGGGACCGGUAGGGUCCCUGCAGACCAACGGUUCACAGAAACACCUGAUCUGGUCCAACUGCAGUCUGGACCGGUUCCAGGCUGGGUGGUGGACCGACGUACAUGUCCUCCAGAACGGGUCUAGAUCAUUCAGAACUGAUCACAGCUGGUUGCACCAGAUCAGGUGGUUUCUGCUCCAGACUUUGGCCGCGGUAGAACCUGAACACAUUUCUACGGUGGCCUGGAAGUGCAAAACACAACG